ACCAGUCAGUUGACUCACUGUACAAGACAUCUCCCCUUCACUUCACUCUACUGCAGGGUGGGAAAUGCAACAAUGGCUUUGAGAAAAGCAGGAAGUGUGUUGGUGAUCUUUCUCUGGUCUGUAGCAGUUGUACUGGGUCAGGAUGGCUGGAGUGUGACAUACACCACUCAGAGUAUCUGUGCCUUGAAGGGGUCAACAGUGAAGCUGACCUGCUCUUACAGCUAUCCCAGAGGUCAUAAAUUCACAUCAACCUUCUGGUUCACUAAAAUGGAGACUGAAGAUAUAGGUCAGGACCCAGAGCAUGCAGGUCGUCUGGAGUAUCAUGGGAAUAAGAAGAAAGACUGUACCCUGAGAAUCACAGACCUGAGAGAGAGUGACUCAGCAACUUACUGGUUCAGAUUACUAACAGAUCAGGAAGGAGGGAUAUAUACUGGCAAACUUGGAAUGACUUUGUCUGUCACAGGUCUUCAGGUGAAGGUGACUGGUGGAAAUCAGGAUAAGACACUGACCUGUAGCACCACCUGUACUCUGACUGACAACCCCACCUACAUCUGGUACAAGAACGGACAACAUCUAGAUGAGAGCACCUCCCCCCAGUACAAAGACCCAGUCUCCAGUAACUAUGACGACAGUUACUCCUGUGCUGUAAAAGGCCAUGAGGAUCUCCGCUCUCCUGCAGUCUGUGUUCAGGGUCAGAGAUGCAGCAGAGUGACUUACACCAAGAGGAGAAUCUGUGUCUUAAAGGGGUCAACAGUGGACAUAUCCUGUAUUUAUGUUGGUUAUUAUUACACCACAUCGUCAUUCUGGUUUAGAAGUGAUAAGUCGACCCCUGAAGACCUAACCAGAGACCCAGAGAAUACAGGUCGUGUGGAGUACACUGGAACAUACGAAGGUCCCUUCACCCUGAGAAUCACAGAUCUGAGAGAGGAGGACUCAGCUGAGUAUCGCUUCACUUUUAAAACAAAUUACUUUGAAUGGGGUCAUAGUUUCCCAGGAACAACUCUGUCUGUCAUAGGUCUGCAGGUGAAGGUGACUCCUGCUGCAGAGGGACAGAAGACACUGACCUGUAGCACCACCUGUACUCUGACUGACAACCCCAACCCCACCUACAUUUGGUACAAGAACGGACAACGUCUCGAUGAGCCUGCUACCCAACAAUACUCUAGUAAUACCCUAGUAGUGUUGGGUCAUUAUGCGGACAGUUACUCCUGUACUGUAGAACACCAUGAGGACCUCCACUCUCCUGCAGUGUAUGCUCCAAAGAACACCUCAGUGUCAGUCAGUCCCUCUGGUGAAAUAGUGGAGGGCAGUUCAGUGACUCUGACCUGCAGCAGUGAUGCCAACCCACCUGUGGACAAAUACACCUGGUACAAGAAGAAUGGAGCUUCACUGACAGGAUCUGAAAAGACCUUCCUCAUCACCAACAUUAACUCUGAGGACAGUGGAGAAUACUACUGUGAGGCUGAGAGCAUAUAUGGGAGUCUCAACUCUUCUUCUGUGUCUGUGAACAUUCAGUAUGGCCCAAAGAACACCUCAGUGUCAGUCAGUCCCUCUGGUGGAAUAGUGGAGGGCGGUUCAGUGACUCUGACCUGCAGCAGUGAUGCCAACCCACCUGUGGACAAAUACACCUGGUACAAGAAGAAUGUAACCUCACCAAAAGCAUCAGGACAGAGUUACAGCAUCACUAACAUCAGCUCUGAGGACAGAGGAGAAUAUUACUGUGAGGCCCAGAAUGGAAGAGGAUCUAUGAACUCUACAGCUCUUAUGAUCAUUGUAGCAGAUGGACCAAAGAACACCUCAGUGUCAGUCAGUCCCUCUGGUGGAAUAGUGGAGGACAGUUCAGUGACUCUGACCUGCAGCAGUGAUGCCAACCCACCUGUGGACAAAUACACCUGGUACAAGAAGAAUGUAACCUCACCAAAAGCAUCAGGACAGAGUUACAGCAUCACUAACAUCAGCUCUGAGGACAGAGGAGAAUAUUACUGUGAGGCCCAUAAUGGAAGAGGAUCUAUGAACUCUACAGCUCUGAUGAUCAUUGUAGCAGAGAAACAAACCUCAGUUAUAACUGCAGCUGUAGGAAUCAUAGUGGUUGUUCUAGGUGUCAUACUGGCUUCAUGUCUCUCUGGACUCAUGUGGUUCAGGAAGAAGGUCUCCGAAACCACCUCUGACACAAGACACACGGCAGACAACGGACAGGGAGACUCUAGUCCAGUGUAUGACAACAUCUCAGGCAUGGCCAUGACCUCUACUGCAGAACAGACAGCAGCCACCGUCAACCAGGAUGAUGUUCACUACGCCAGCGUCCACUUCUCUCGUUCCAAAAACCAGGAAGUGCCUCUGUACUCCACCGUCCAGCUGUGUAAACCCAGGAAACAGGAAGAGGAUGUCCAGUACGAUGCUGUGAAAUUCAACUGCCCCAGUGCUGCCAACCGACCCACAGCAGCACAAGCAGCUGAGGACUCCUCUGAGAUCUAUAGUAGAGUCAACAAACCCAGAAGACCUGAACACAACAAACCCAGAACCAAGAGGACCUGAACACAACAAACCCAGAAGACCUGAACACAACAAACCCAGAAGACCUGAACACAACAAACCCAGAAGACCUGAACACAACAAACCAAGAACCAAGACCUGAACACAACAAACCCAGAAGACAACAAACCCAGAACACCUGAACACAACAAACCCAGAACCAAGAGGACCUGAACACAACAAACCCAGAAGACAACAAACCCAGUACACCUGAACACAACAAACCCAGAACCAAGAGGACCUGAACACAACAAACCCAGAAGACCUGAACACAACAAACCCAGAAGACCUGAACACAAUAAACCCAGAACCAAGAAGACCUGAACACAACAAACCCAGAACCAAGAAGACCUGAACACAACAAACCCAGAACCAAGAAGACCUGAACACAACAAACCCAGAA